UUUACAUUUUUGUUUUGUUUAUAUUUUUAUGACAAUCAGAACCUCACUAACAUUAUGUUCGAGUUAUGAAGAUGUGUGUUAUCUCUUGCUGAUCUGGCUUUACAAACGAAUUUAUUGAGACUUGUUGCCGUUCUCACAGUUAUGAGGAACCGGUGACGUCACUUGUCUACUGCGCAUCUUGUUAUUUUCACAAACCUUCUAUUAUUCUAUUAACCUUGUUUGUUAGUGUCUAGACUUAUUUUUGACCUGCGCACUGCUAAUGUUGACGUCACAAACUUUAAACAAUGCAUUUAAUUAUUUAAAUAAGGAAAUUUUGACAGUGUUACUAAGUCGGGCAGACAUACUUGAUGCUAAAUUUUCAAAUUUCUUUUCGUAAAAUUUCGUUUAAUUUAGUUUUAGAUUGUGAAGUGAAAACAAUUUUAUUAUUGAUUUAGGUAAGAUUUAAUUCUCUUCAAGUAAAAAUUAACGAGAAUUGUCCAAUUAAAGUUUCCUAAAAGAUGUAUGAAUUCAGUGAAUUACAUUUUAUUUUAUUUUCAAAUUAAUUUAAAUUGAUCAUCUUGUUCGGGUUAUUUGAAAUUGUGUGAUUUAUCUAUUUACUUAUAGACAUUGAAUAAACAAUAAUCUAAAAUAUAGCAUCAAAAAGUUCAUUGGCCCUUGUCUGUGUAGACAGCAUGUCGGCCAUUUUUCUUUAUAGUUCGCCGCAAUUAUUGUUAACGUUAAAACUUUCCACCUGUUACAUAUUUAUUGAACUGUUAAUAUUAUUAUUAUUAAAAUACCUAUUCGAUUGCAGAACAAAAAAGUUAUUGUAAGAAUAAAAUACAGAUAGACCGGAUCUGUUCAAUAACAACAAAAAAUCUUUCGAUGUCUAGUUUAAAAAAUGUGACUAAAGUUGGAAGUUUUUAUUUUGAACAAAAAAACAUUACAGUAUAUCAAUAGAAAAUAGUUUUUAUUUAAAAAUUUUCGUGAAACGGAUUUAAAAUUAAUUAAAAGUGAUUUAAUUUGCUUUGACGUUCGUGGAAGUGCAUGUAUACAGUAAUCCGAUAAAGAAUUAUCCGUGUUUUAAUAUAAUAUUGUGUUGUGAAAAUUAUGGAUACCUCGAAAAUUCUUAACUAUAUAGCAAGACGGCGAAGUUGUGAACUGAACCAGCUGGCCAUUAUAAACUUAACCUUAGAGUUGAGCAGAAAAUAUUGUUUUUAAUACUCGGAAGAAUUUUUCAAGAUAUGUUAUGAAGGAUAUCAACUUUGCAUACAUAUUUCUCACCGAUAAUGGAUCGACUGCCUAAUGAAAUUUUGAUUAACAUUUUAAAACAUUUGAAUACCUAUGAUUUAGUACAAUUUUGUGAAGUAUUUCCACGUUUGGACUAUUUUUUGAAAGAAAAAUAUGUCAUAAGAAUUACAGAUUGGUCCAGAAGAUUUGAAAGUUACAAUAAAAAUAUUUGUAGUUUCAUUUCAAUAAAAAUGGAUCCAACCCUUAUUGAGGUUUUAAAUAUAAAUUGUUUAUAUUGGAUACCCACUCAAGACUUAAGGAGACUACUUCAAAAACUUGUGAAUUUGAGUGAAUUAUACGCUAUAGAUACAAAGCUAGGUUUGAAGUAUCAAGAUACUGUAGAAUAUUCUAAACUGCAUAAACUGGCAAUAUCUGUGGAAGAUGAACACUUUGGUUCUGAAACUAUAGAAGCCAGUCGGUCAUUGAAAUCAUUAAGAAAGUUAUGUAUAAAAAUAAUUGCUAAAAAAUUGGAGCACGGGAAUGCUGUAUCAGGAUUAGAUUUAUUUUUUUCUAGAAUUAAGCAACUGGAUGAAUUGUGGGUACUUGAUGAUACAGAUUCUUUGUAUAAAGUAAACUUCCAAAGAUGGGUAGUUCAGUUAAAGAAUUUAAAAAAACUUGUUAUAAGAUCAAGAACUGUAUUACCUAUUUAUGAUUUUACAUUUGCCGGACUUUCAAAAACAUUCGACUGCAAAAGAUGGAACACAGACAUCGAACUAAUAUUUGAAAAAAUUCAGUAUCGAAAACCGAGUACUACAGUGAAAUCUAUAUUUGAUCCUAGAGAAACUGAUUUAGAAAAAGCUUGGGAUGUAUUUCUAAGUUUACAUUCUGACCUUCCUUGUGGACCCAAAGAGAGUAAGUUAUUGAGUAUCCCAGAAGAACUGAACAGUAUUCAGUUUGAAAAUCUUAAUUUUGUUCAUUCAAUAAUUUUUUGUAAUCUGCAAUAUGUGACAGCUGCAUACAAACUUCUGGAAUCGGAUAAUUGUAAAGAAUUACAGAGAUUAAAUUUUAGGACAUGUCUAUUUCAGGGUUCCCAGAAAAGUAAUGAACAGGAAGAAGAUCAUAAGAUUUUUAAGAAAGCAAGAGUUGGUGUAAAAAAAGAUCUCCCUCAUCAUCCAUUCGAAAAAAUAUCUAAACGUCUAAAUAAAUUAGUUGAACUGGAGAUAUAUCAUUGUGCAAUGUGUACAAGCAGUGCCGUAAUAUCUGCUUAUUCUCUUAUAGAAAAUUUCGAAACACUGCGAAGACUCACCUUAGAGAUACCGUACUUAUUAGAUGGAUCAUUUUUAGAAAAGGUGUUUCUUAGAUGUCGAUUGGAGUACUUGAGCUUAAAACUUAUUGCGCCGAAUGAACCUUUUGUGACGAAUUUAAAUCUGCAUUUGGAAAAAGCGGUUGCAUUGAAACAUUUCAGAAUCGAAUGUUCCAUUUUAUCUAUGGAGAAAAUAUUGAAGGGAUUGUCGAAAAUGCCCAGGAAAAUACUACAAAGAACAUUUAUUAAAUGCGAUCAAGCGUAUUUCAUCGACAAUAAGAACGUUCGAUAUAUUUUUUCGGAAUUUUUGGAAUGUAACCCGCAGUUGAUAUUCUUCGGCCUGAUAAUCAGUCAAGCUACAGCGAAACAAAUUACUGAUAUAAAAAGGACGUUGCAUACGUUCAAAACGGGACAUCCCGCGAAAAUAUUUCAUGUUAGAAAACAGGUUGGGGAAUUUAAUGGAAUAUUUCCAGUACCUCCUGCGCAUCACGAUAUUAUAUUUAAUCGUACUCGAGUGUCUGUGAUAGAUUUUGAUGAAUUUUAAUAUAAAAUUUUGAAUAUUUUUUUGUGCAAUUUUAUAAUCCUUCUACUUAUUAUGUAAGUAUGUAGAUAUCGCGGUGUCAUCUACAAUACUAGGUAAGCCAGUGUUUACAGCUAAUAUAUUAAUCCUAAUCCUUUUAGAAAGUUCAGAAUGUGGGAUAGUUGUAGAUGAUAGAGAUCUUCGUCUUCUAUUCCAUACACACCCAGGUGAAAUGCUCUUGAAGUUCCGUAUGUUUCAUACUUUGAGAUUAUGUAGAUAGAGGUUUUGUCCUCUGUGCAACAAAAUCUUCACGCCGCAUUAUCUGCUAAUCGUCUUAUUCACCCAAAGUAUCUGCUUAGAGAACAUUCCAUGGCUUGUAUGGUAGCUCUACUUCUUAUGUUAUUUAUGGCGUACACAUUCCUUCACACCGACUACCUCGCCUUGAAAGACGGUAGCGUGUCCCCCAAGCGAAAAAGAUUCGCCUAUUUUGGGAUGUCCUCCGGCCAAGACUUUCAUUUUGGAGUCGUCUGUGUACCAGGUGGUAUAUAUAAUUGUGAUUCCUCGGAUUUUUGUUCUCAUUUCUUUUAUAUUACUAUUUAAAGAGGAAUUAAUGAUAAUUAUUGUCAUAUCUCUUAGAAGUCUGCUCUUGAGAUAGUCUCUACGAAGGUGAAUGUAAAAUCCAGGCAAGAAACAAGCUAACUUCUUCUGCUUAUCUUACUACUCACCUGUUCCGCCUUAACAGGCACGGAAUUUGUUUGGUCACCAGUUAUCUAUCCGACCCCUGUAAUUUGUUUCAGUUGUUUAUCGUUAUAACAUCCACCGAGAAGUUAAAUAUUCUAUCUAGAUUGGGCCUGGUUCUAUUGGAAGGAAGCUCAAUGUGUUACCCUUUAUUUUCAACGAUUUGGAAACUUGAGUAGCCAACCACUCUUCUACUUUUCUACAUUUCCAAUCCAGGAUAGAGUUUUUAACUUUUUCUAUUUAUAAUUCAACUCAAUCUAUUGUGUCGUCCCCCAACAACGUCUCCGUAAAGGUAGAUAGUCAAAGAGAAGUGAUUGCACAACAUCCAAAGCUAUUUGGCCAAGUGUCAAUGAAGAUGAUACGAAAAAGAUAAUUUUCUAGAAACACUGAAUCCAGAAGACCAUUAGAGUAAUCCUUGGAUAUUGUGCUUUGGGACAAGAUUUUAUAAAUGGAGAGUGACAACGGACAACUAUUGCAAAAGUGUAAAGAAGAAGAGGAGAAGAUCGUGCAGGAAUAACCACGUCUAAUACAUCGUCCAUGACAUAAGAUGCCAGGCCAGGUGACAUUGAGACACCUAUUGGUGUACCAAAAGUUUGUUUGUAAAAUUUAUGAUUAAAAGAAAAAUAUGUGUUAUUAAAAAGAAUUGAUAUUUAUUUUAAAAAUUAAUUCUCAUUUAUACUGCAAUGGUUACUGUAUCUGUAUCUGUUCCCUUUUAUCAAUAAAUCUUAGGCAAGCUUAUAAGUGUACAUUCUGAAAAGUGAAACCACAUCUAGCCUAGCCAACACGUGGUUAUCUAGAAAUUUAUGUUAUUAAAUUGAUU